AUGGCCUCCCGACACCCGAUGCCAAACACCUACAACCACCCGGCGCCCAAGACCAAGACCGCGUCGUCGACGUCGACGUCCUCUACCUCGGACGCGAUCAAAUCCUUCUUCACCAUCGCGCCGUCGUAUCCCAUCAUGCACUCGUCCACGUCUCGAUACCCUCUGCCCACGGCCCACGCGACUGAGUCGAAACAGGCAACAACUGAUACCUCGCGGAACGAGCAUCGAGAUACGCAAGCACAGACGCAGACGCAGACGCAGGCGGGUGUACGGUCUUCGGAGGAUUCGUGGGAUACCAUCGAUCGCUUCAAGGAGGAGCAGGAGAGACGAGGUUAA